UAAUAAAUUAGAAUUAUCGUGUCAUUCAUUCAGUUCUGUUGUCCGAUCAACAGUUGAUUAGCUGGCAAAGAUCGUCAACACUGGGACAAGAUCAAGACGUAUCAGAAUCUCUUUUCUGGUGGCAAUCGCCGCAAUGCCCACAUACAUAGUAGUCCAGCUGGCUGAAUGAAGUGAAAACCAACCUAGCACAAUAUGUCUUUACUACAAAGACAAGGUGUCCGACUCUGUCAGAAAUGCUGGAGACUGUAUGCCGGUGGGAAGAAACAACACAGUGUUCUUUCAACCAUCUCUGAUUCUCGAGGAAUGACCAUCACGAUUUCAAGAGCCAACAGUCUACUGAAAGGACAGCACCCAAGGAAGUAUCCUGACUUGAGAUAUUCAUCUACAUCAUCGGAGAAGUAUGAUGAUGACGUGAAAGUGAACAUGGAGGACAAUCCUUACUUUGACAAGUACAAGAAAAAACUGCUGGAUUUACAAAGAUCCUCACCCAAGGCCUACCAGGAGAAGAUCCAUCACAUUGAAGAGGAGAUGAGGAAGGACCGAGCCUUCAUCAGAGAUCAGCUGGAGAAGGCAGAGGCAGAGGCCAAAGCUAAAGCAGAGGCUGAAGGGAAGGCCUCGUCUAAGGGGCUAGACAGUAUCAUGAAGACAGACCUAAUCAGAGAUAAGACAGCAGAGGAGAUUGAGGAGAUCUGGAAGGAAUACCACAGUAGGAAGGAAUGUGUAUUUGCAGUCUUGAAGUCAAUCGAUUAUGAUGAUUUGUUGCAAAAGGCCAAGACAUGUCCAUCUUUCCUGUACCCUCUGCCUCGUCAGGAUGGAUAUGAGUUCUUCUUCUCCAUGAUCUCAGGGAAGUCGGUGUAUUUCACACCGCUUAUCAUGUACCAGCAGAUGAAGGAGAACGCCCCUCCCUGUCUGUCUCUGGUCCACUUCACAGAACUCCAGGAGGACAAAGGUAUUGUGCUGAUGACAGGGCAGUAUGAUGACUCGCUACUGAAAAGAAAGGAUGCAAUAAACCUUGUGCGGCAAAUGACAAUGUACUACAACAGAACAUCUGGGGAGAGGUUCAACCUGGUCCGCAUCUUCAAUCACAUGCCAAACAAAUUCACCCAUCUUGAUGUAAUCAAUGAGUAUCAAGAGAUGGUCAAAUAUUUAGAAUCUGCUUAAUGAAUUUCAAGGACAUGACUUGAAUGACAUCAAUAAAUAUAUGCCUAUUACAGAUGUACAGAAGCAACUACACGUACUCAUUGUCCAUUUGGAUGGUAAUGCAUUUUGAAAUCAUUUGUCAUUUGUAGCAUCAAGGAAUCAACAAUUUGAAAAU